AUGCUCAGGUCAGCAAGGUUACUGUAACUUUGAGAAUUCAUGAAUUUCCCGAAAAAAAAUUUUUUUUUCGAGUUUUUCUCAAGAAAAUGAGCUUUUUUCCUAUAAAUUCCACGACUCCUUGAUUUUCCAUUUACAAAAACUUUCAAAACUUCAGAAAAAUUCGAUUUCAAGCCAGUUUUGAAUGGACUAAUCUCCAUUAUUUUUGACCAAAUAUUUAUUUUUUUUUUCUGCUUCUUUCAGUUUUUUUUCAUCGCGUUGUACUGUUUUCCUUUUCGCUAGUGAUCUCUUUUCAUUUUUCUCCGAUGUUUUGAAAUUUUUUCGGUUGUGACUUAUUUUUCAUAUUGUUUUGCUUGCUACGGGAGCUUUUACAAUGAAAUUUUGAUUUUCUUCUUUUUUAAAAUUUCCUUUUUUGAAUCGUUUCCUGACGAUUUUUGAAUAUUUCAAUUCUCGUUCUCUGUCGAAUUUAAUUUUUGUAAUUUUUUUAUGUCGCAUUAUUUUUUUAAUUAUUCAUUUUCAGCCAAUCGAUUGGAUUGACACACUCGCGGUGUGUUUUUUUGCGGCUUUUUGAGAGGUUCCUUUUGAAUAUCUGAGAUUUUAGGUGGGAAAUUCGACAAUAUUAGGUUGAAAAAUUCCACAAAAAAAGAAAAAUAAGUAGAAAUUUGAAAGAGAAGAAAAAAAUUAAUUUGAUACAGUUCUUCAAGAGAAAAACGUUUUAGCGGUAGAGCGCACUUUGAAAAAAAUGCUAAAAGUAGAAUUUUUUUGAAUAGAAAAAAAUUUUUUUUUAAUAGAUGUUUCAAGAGAAAAAUGAGAUCUUACAUCAUUUUAGCGCUAGAGCGCGCUUUAAAAAGAAGGCUUUGAUUUUUUUGAAUUUUCUUUUUUUCGGCUUCUGGAACAACUUUGACGUUUUUUUGAUGGCCCACUUCUGAAAUUUCCCAUUUUUAUACAUUUUUUUGAUUUUUUUGAAUUUUUUUGGCACCGAACGGUUUUUUUCGAUGACUCAUUUUCGAAAUUUUUUUCUUUUUUUUUUGACUCAAAAAAAUAUUAAUUUUCAAAAAAAGCCUAUUGAAAGCUUCGAGCGUAAAAAAAUCCAAAAAAAUGAAAUUUUGAAAAAAAUGAAGAAAAAAAUGAAGUUUUGUGGGUUUCUCGACUCACUUUUUUUGAAAAAUUUCUGAAUUUUAUUUGAUGAAAAAGUAAAAAAAUAGUUUUUUUCAAGAAUUUUUUUGAUUCCUAAUUUUUUUCAAGUUUUCUAGUUCUAAAUGUCUAACUGCAACCUUUUUCAAUAAAUUUUUCAGCCAUGAUAAAUUCUAAAAAAAUAAAAAAAUUAACCAGAACUUUCAAAAAGUAAUUUUAAGAACUCCUUUAAAAAAAUGAGCUCCUGAACUUCACAGGCAAAGUCCAAAUGACCUCGAAAAGGCCUUAAAAAAAAGAAGCUAAAGCUCCUUUUUGAGUUCCUAAAAGUUGUUUAAAGCUUCUCGGAAUCUCCUUUUUUGCCUUAUUUUUCUAGUCCUCCUUAAAAGGUCCUUAUCAGAAAAAGGUCUAGAAAAAAGGCGCCUUUGAGACUUUUUUCCAAAAGUCCUAUUUGAGACCUUUUAGACUUUCCCCGUGUUUCCAAGAAGUAUUUCUGAGGAUUUGAACUUUUUGUUGAACUCAACACUUUUUUCUCUAAAAUGUGAACUUAACGUAAAGUUUAUGGUAUUGUUUGAUCUACAACUCCUAUUGAGUAGUUCAUUUCUUAGGUUGAUUUUUUGAUUUUUCAUGGUUCACGGGCAAAGUCCAGAAGGUCUCAAAAAUGAAUUUUAGAAGAGAAGCCUUUAAAAAGCCUCAAAUGCGACUUUUUUUAGACCUUUUUUGAAAAGGGCCUUCAAAGGAGGUGUAAAAAGGAAGGCGAAAAAAGGUGGGAAAAAAGGAGAUUCCGAGAGUUUUUCGACACCUUUUUUUAGAAACUCAAAAAGGAGCUUUAGGCUCUAUUUUUUGAGGUCUUUUCAAGGUCGUUUGGAAUUUGCCUGUGUUUGAAAUGUUCAACCAUACCUAAUCUAAUUAUUUUCAGAUCGCUCGUUGACUUCUUUGCUGUUUUUUUGAAAAAAACAAUCUUCAAAUAUGACGGAAAUUGCUGAAAAGAAAGCCUUGCAGCGCGUCGUUGGCGCCUUGUCCUCUCUGGGACACGGCAAAUUUUUUUCUCCCCAUGAAGUUUCCCGACAGAUGAUGUGAGUUCCAGAAGAAUGAAACUUCAGAAAAAUUGACCUGAAAUUUAAUUUUUUUGAGAAUAUUACUCAACUUUUUCGAAAAUUUUGGUAUAGAAAAAUAGAAUAGUUCAGACCCUGAAACCUUGAAAAAUCAAAAAAAUUUGAUUUUUGAGACAUUUUUCUUGUGAUUUUCGAACCACUUUUUUGGCGCAAGAAUCGAAAAAAAUUUCAAGUUUGGAAAAAAGAUGGAAAAAGUGACGAAAAUUGCAACUUGUUGGAAGAUUUGGUAUAGAAAAUAGAUAAAUUCAGACCAUGAAACCUCAAAAAAUCGGAAAAAUUUGAAUUUGAGACAUUUCUUGGGAUUUUUCGAACCACUUUUUUUCGGCGAAAAAAAAAAAAAUUGAAGUUUGAAAAAAAUGAUAGAAGAAGUGUCCAAACUUAAAUUCUAAAAAUAUAAAUUUGGGGCUGAAUUCAACCUUUGAACCUUUCAAAAAAAUUAAAGAACGUUCCAUUCCUCGGCGAUUUUUGAACCAAGACUCACCAGAGAAAAUCGAAAAUUGAAAAUCAAAGUUUUGAAAAAAUGAUCAAACUUUUGUUUGACUGAAUUUUUAGAAAAAUUAACCGAAUAUAUCAAUUCAAAAAAAUGUAUUUAUGAAAAAAAUAUGAGAAAAAUUUGGCUCUAAGGCUUCAAAAAAAUCGAAGAAGAUUCCUUUUUGAGAAAUUUUUUUGGCGGUUUUUUUGUCUUUGAUUUUUUUCGAAUCAAGUCUUUUUUAAAUUUUGAAGAAGAUAAAAUUGUAGCUUCACCUUGACUUAUAAAAAUCAGUGAAAAAAUAAUGGAAAUUAUUUUUUUUUUGUUGAAGGAAUCUCACGGGCAUGUCGUUAGACGAGAUCCUCAGGGACGCAAAUUUCCGAAACCUCUCCGAUUUGGCUCAGGCGUUCCCCGAACAACUCUCCAAACAGGUGAUUUUAUGAUUAGAUGUAAUCUUUUCCUGCGGCGCGCGAGUAGUUUCAAGUCGGAUGCUCGGAAAUUUAAGUUUUAUUCAAUUUUUACGGUCUUUACAUGGCUCUUGGCUGGAAAAAAACAGUAACGAAUGUGGUAAAUAAUUUUUUUUAAUUCAAUUUUUCAUCCAACUGUACAUUGGGAAACCAAGGAGAAAUAUAAAAUUUUACAAACGUUUGAAUUUGAAUUCCCCGCCAAAAAAUGCGGCCGCAACGCUUGUUAAAACAGUAGAAAAGUGAGCAAGAAAUAGCAGUACUCGAAAAAAAUCCUAGUGGUCACUUAAGAGCUUCCUCAAGGACUACUUGAGAAGACACUAUAGUGGCCUCUAAACCCAGCUCUAUAGAAGCCACUAUUUUUCGUCUCAGUGGCCACUAAAGUAGUUUUUUUUUAGUGGUCUAGUAGUGUCACUUGAACUUCUGAAGUAGUCAUUAAGUUUUAGUCACUAUAGUGGCCACUGAUUCGACUAUUUAUUGGCCACUAAAACGUCACAACCCUAAAGUAGCCACUAGAAAUUUCGUCAGCACCCCGACUUUUUGAUAUACUUUUAAGGAAAGAAGAAUGGAGCAAAUUAUUUCAUUCUUUUUUUAAAAAAUGUUUUUCGAUUCCAGGGAGAUCGGUUCGCGGUCAAAAUCACUGAUGCCAAUCGCGCCCACGCGAUGAACGGAGAAAUGAAGAUCUCCAAGAGCAGAGGUAGGUUUUGAGAAGCUCUCGAACAUUUUUGGUUGGGAAUUGUCGGAAAAUUGGUUCUUGAUGUAUCCGGAAAGUCUCAACGGGAGUAUUUUUCUAGUUUUUGAGAUCUCAAAGGACCUGGCCAUUUUUUACGAAUUUUGGUGUUUUUGAGAGUCCCCACCGGCUUAAAUACUCAGGUAAAAGUUGGGAAGAUCUGCUUUCGGUUCCUCGGAAGGCGUUUGGAAGCUUCCAGCAAGCUUCUGGAGACCAUUUUCACCUUCAAAACACCUUUCAAAGGCUUUCCCAAGGCCUUCUAGCUUUCCUACACCUUCCAACCUCCUGCUGAUACCUUCUCAGAAUUUUUCUGAGAAAGGGCUACCAACUACCUUCUGAACACCUUCCCACGGCCUUCCCAGGACCUUCUAGCCUCCAUUCACCUUCCAAACUCCUUCUCACUCAGGAUUCGACUGAGUAGCCAGUUUUUGAAAAAUCUGAACUUGAAAGAACUGUUUUAGACGGUUUUCUUUAACUUUGAAGAGCUAUUUUGGAAUAUAAGAACUUCAGAACUUAAGAACGCCAGAGUGGUCCCUAUAGGGCUUAUGGAGAAAACAGCCUCUAUAAGAACGAAAUGGUGAUAUAGCAUUAUAUACAAAUACUACGAAACGAUCACAUUGCUGUCCCACUUUGCGUCCAUUACUGAAGUUUUAAAAUUUCCACGUGUUCGAAGAUCACGUGGCGAUACACAAACAGCAGUUUCUGCUGAGAAGUGUAUCUCAUUCCCAAAAACUUCAUGCGCCCUCGCCGAUCGGUUCUCCACUGGAGAGCCAGCUGUUUUCCAAACAGCCAGUAUCGGUCUUGAAGUCGUCAAAGUCCCGUACUUGGGCCAGAAGCUAUGCUUCUGUGGAUCCUUGUGA